CAUACGUCAAAAGUCAAAACAAUUGAUGUCAACAAUAUUUUUUUUGUUUGAGUAGUGUUUGAACUAAAUUGCAAUUCGACUGUAUGCGACUUUGUAGCCAAAUCCUGUUGGCAGUCUUACACUUUCAUAUUUGAUAUGAAAUAUUACUAAUAUCUCGCAAAAAGUUUUUGAACUUGUGACCGUGAGCUCCCCAUUGUCAAUUUUGGUUUUGUAUAUAUGUUCAUGUGAUACGUACUUACAAAGAGGACAAACCAACAUUGAUAUCAGAAAUAGAAAUCUCUGCCUCCUCAUUCUUCGCGCAUAUAGCAUAAAAUGUAUAAAUAAAGUAGCAGCAUGAAUGGUAGGUUUAAUUAAAGCACAAGGAUCAUCAAGCGAGACGCUUGAUUGUUGCUAUUAACAAAUAUCAAGCCCUUCUUCAUUCGCCCUAAUUGAUAAGAGUGGAAUACCACAUGAAAAAAUGGAUUUUGUCGAGUUAAUACUGACGCCCAAGUUGGAUGGGGUUUGUCUACACGACCACACAAAUGCCGCCAUUGAGGGGCGUUUAUGCAUCACCGGUCACCACUUGCUGCUCAGCAGUUCUCGGCAGGAGAAUAGCCAAGAACUUUGGUUGAUGCACAAAAAUAUAGACUUCGUCGAAAAGAAGCCGUUUUUGGUACAGAAUAAUGUGGUCGGUGGAAUAAUAACAUUGAAAUGCAAGGAUCUACGUAUAAUCUCACUGCGUAUAAAAUUAGCAAAGGACUUUUUUAACGUUGCCUCUUCAUUGGAGGCUUUGAGCACACUGAACAAGCCGGAAUCGGAGUAUCCCUUUUUCUAUAGGCCCAUGUACACAAUUUUGGAAGAUGGUUAUACGAUGUUUAGGCCAGAAUUGGAGUUCUCUAAACUGAUAUCCUCCGUGUCGGGUGCCAAUAACUGUGGAAAUGCCGAAAGUUGUUAUAAUACAAGUGCGGUUUCGCCAGUAUCUCCAAAUGGACAUGACAACACUGAUGGCUCCUGUGAGUGGCGAAUUACUCACAUUAACAAAGACUUCAAGAUAUGUCCCUCUUAUGGUUCCAUAUUAGUAGUGCCUAAAACUAUAACGGACGAGCAAAUCUCACAAUCGGCAGCUUUUCGAGAUGGCGGCAGAUUUCCAGUGCUCAGCUACAGACAUGAAAACGGGGCUGCUUUGUUAAGAUGUGCUCAACCAUUAUCCGUACAAGGUAUUAAAAGAUGUCGUGCCGAUGAAGCAAUAUUGAACGUGGUAUUGGGACGCAGUAAAAAAGGUUUCAUUGUUGACACUUGGGGUAAAGGAAAGUCCAACACAGAAACAGAUCAGCAUUACUCACAGUGGAAAAAGGUAAAUCGUUCAAUAGGCAAUGUCUCGUCCCCCUCUGCAAUAUUGGAUAGUUUUGCCAAACUAAUUGAAGCUUGUAAUGAUGUUAAGUGCUCACCUGACAAAUGGUUAUCACGUUUGGAAAAUAGUAACUGGCUGAGUUUAGUGUUGAGUUCUCUGAAUGCCGCAUGUGUAGUGGCACAAUGUCUUGAUCAGGAAGGUAGCCCCGUGUUAGUGCACGGGGCCAAAGGACUAGAUUCAACAUUAAUAGUUACAUCUCUCGUACAAAUUAUUUUAAAUCCUGACUGUCGUACAGUACGAGGAAUUCAAGCCCUUAUAGAACGUGAAUGGAUACAGGCUGGUCAUCCAUUUGCAUCACGCCAUCGCUACUCUUGUUACACUCCAUCGCAAAACAGGCAAAAGAGUUCGGGGGCAACUUUCGUCUUGUUCCUAGACUGCAUUCACCAGUUGUAUAAACAAUUUCCAUGUAGCUUUGAAUUUAGUACACAAUUGUUAAUACUACUGUUUGAGCACAGUUAUUUCUCUCAGUAUGGAACAUUUCUCUGUGAUUCUGAAAAAGAGCGACACGAGUUGCAACUUCAAUCUCGCACAACCAGUUUUUGGUCGUAUUUAAAUCGCCCGGAAGUGUUGAAAAAUUUUCUGAACCCUCUUUAUGAACCAAACCCAAGUGUGAUAUGGCCGUCUGUAGCCCCAAUAAGUCUGGAACUGUGGAGUGAUUUGUACUUACGUUGGAUUGUGGAUCAGAAAAACACCGAAUGGACUGCGGUACAAAUACAAGAACUUAUAACGAAUGAAAAGGAGUUGAGAACCAAGGCUAUAAAACUUAGGAAACAAGCUAUCGAAAUGGCAAAUGAAGUAAUAAAUAUGCUAAAGUCUAACAAAUAAGCUGGAGUAGUAUCUAAUAUAUUCCAAUUACUAUGAAAUAGUCAAUUUUAAAGGGUGUGUGUACAUAUGCCAUCAGUUAUAUCCGCAUACAUGAUCGUCACUCGCAAUCCUGUAAAUUCUGCUCUACAAAAUAAUCUAAUGAAGCAUUUGUAAAUUGAAUCGCUUACUCAUGCAAAACUACGUACAUAUUUUUAUAUUCUACAAUUUUUUGUGCAUACGCUAAUAUAUGAGUUAAUAUUCGUAUUUAAGGCUAUGGAAAAAAUCAACCAAUCAAUUUAUUGGCAUUUAUCGUAAGCAUUUUUAAACGUAAUUUAUUCUGUACUGAAUAAUAUUCCAAAACUGAUGAAACGAACGUACAUAUACAUUAUUGUUAUAUUGUCGUAAAGUGUCUUUAAAUAUAUUAAAUAUGGUUCUAUUAA